AGCCGGUACCAGUGUUAUAGCCAGAGUUUAUUUACCAUUGUAACGAUAUCGGGACAUCAGGGAAAUAUUUGCAUUCCGGUAUUUUAUAGCUCUUUCACUUUUAUGCAAAAAUGGUAGCUACAUCGUUGGGAUGCUACUGGAGCUCGAUUUUUGCACUUUUGUCAACGAGACGGGGUAAUCUAAGACGUCGGGAAGUAGGUUAAGCUACAUCAUGGUCAGACGACCCAGUGGCGAGGCCUUCACCCAGUGGAAGGAAUGCCCUGCGAACUCGUUAUAUUAUUCGUCCAUCGGACCGAUGAACAGGACCGGACAUACGCGACCUUGAAGGUUUCGCAAUAUUAAAACCGUGGAUUACGGGACGCGCAGUAGACCCGAUUUUCACGUAUCGAUCCCUUUGCAGAACCGGCGACGUAAUACGCAUCUCCCUGUAUUCGAUGAAUCAUUUAUGUAGCAGUAAAGGCCCGGUAGUCAUCCCAAAUAUGCCGCGAAAAACGCAGAUGCUUUCCUUUCUGGAGCAUAAAUCAUCCGACUGACCUGAAAAGUGAGAGUUGCGAAUUUAUAUGUAUAUGUCGUUACAAUACGUAGGUAUUAAGGGAGGUGACGCAAGCCGGCUAUUCGAAUAACUUGAUGGUCGCCAACGUUUCAAAUUAGAUGGAUUUCUGGUCUCGUAACUCCCAUUGAGGAGCUCAAGUGCCAGUCUGAGAGUUAUUCAAGAUCCAGCUGAGAGUUAUUCAAGAUCCAAGAAACGAUUAGGUCUAUACGAUGAUGGCGCGAUUCUUCCCCAGAAAUGAGUCAAUUGACUUGUAAUUCAAUUUCACCUGCGGUCAGCAGAUUUUCUGCAGCAUGGGGAAAUAACUUUGGAAUCAUGUCGCAGAUUGGCAGCGAGGCGACGUACACGUAUCUUGAACCCUGUCAUUUCCGACUGCGAUAUAUGCCGCCUAGUAAGUGACUCCUAAACAAUGCACUUUUGCCGUCUCAUUCUUAGAAGAAAGCCGAACCGUGUACUCGAGGACUGACCGAUGAUUGGAAAUGAUUUUUUAUCAAACUUUGACGCAACUCACGUGCCCGUAAAGAAUUAUCCGACACUACAUACAAUUUGAAAGUAUUAUCGUUAUCGUAUGUUAGCAAUAAUUGAAACGAUCACAAGACAUGCGUCCCGUGCCUUGUAAUAUAUUGCGAGAUUGACCGAAGUGCGCGAUCCUUCCACUUCAUGAGGUUAAUUACUGAAUUAUCGGACGAGUGACCGGUCGAAGCGAAAACUCGAGGCAAAUUCUAGAAUCUUUCUUAGCUAUUGCACCUACUGUCUGCGAUUACCGAUCGAGAAAAUUCCACUUUCCAGCGGGACAUGUCGAAGGAAAGCUGCGGAAAAUCUCGCGAAAAGUCUGCCGUUUUAUUCUACGAUUCAAGGAAUUUUUUAACACGUUUCAUAUGUAGAGUACGCAGCACCGUUGACUUACUGCUGUAAGCGCAAAUCGAUAACGUUCCCUCGUCACGUUUCUCCUAUCCUGGGUAUUUCCUGGCUGCACGAUCUCGUGCAGGAGGCGAUAACGAGGGCUUUAUUAAAGGCCGUCGCGUUGGUCAUCGUAUCGAUAAUCGAUCGAUUACGGAUUUGAGCCUCCCCGUGGUAUUCUUGAGACUGGCAAUAGUUAACGGUGGAGGGGCCACUUCUUAAUAGUCAAUGCCUCGUGCUUCAACCGGCACUCAGUAUACGGAAUUCCGUGGCUCAUUGACGAGCAAACCAAGGAACGGUCCGACGUGAUUUAUGCUCCCCAUCUAAACAUACGUUUCUAUCGAUAUUGACAAAAAUCAAAGGUGAUCUUAGACAAAGAGGAUUUCGGAAGGAACAUUUCCAGAAAUCGCAGCAACUUGCCGCGGUUAAAUGAAAUCAUGGAAGACCCUGAAAGGUACGAGCACCCUGUAAUUUUCAAAAGGCCAUUAUCAUGCAGUUUGCGGAAACUCGGAGACAUGGUGCCAGCAAGGGUAGUCCUGUACAUAAUGUCAUUCACCGGCUUUCUCGUGUCCUUUAUGAUGCGAAUGGACAUCAACCUUGCCAUAGUAGCAAUGGCCAAGCAACAACCUUUGAAAAAUGAAACCGUCACCUUUGAGUCUCACUGUUACGUGCCAUCGAAUGUUUCCUGGGACAACUCCACCGACAUGUACCAGGAUAUAGCUGAAUUCGAUUGGAGUUCGACCAUUCAAUCGACCAUUCUGAGUUCGUUUUACUGGUGCUACAUUCUUUCUCAAGUUGUCGGUGGUGUUUUAACUCAACGCUUUGGCACAAAAGCUAUUUUCGGGGGUUCGCAGCUGGUCACGGCGAUUUGCAGCCUGCUUAUUCCUACUGCGGCAGAGCUUCAUUACGGGGCCCUGAUAACCCUUAGGAGUAUCCAAGGCGUAGCUAGCGGACUAACCUGGCCUGCCAUGUACGCAAUCGUGGGACACUGGAUACCACCGGUUGAGCGCUCCCGAUUUAUGUCCUCCUUCCAAGGGUUCAGCUUCGGCAUUGGACUGACCUACCCACUCUGCGGCUUCCUCAUCGCCCACUUCGGAUGGAGGGUUGUCUUCUACACGACAGGUUCCAUCGGAGUCGUUUGGUGCGUCUUCUGGUACCUGCUUGCCUUUGAUACCCCGAGUGCUCAUCCCAGGAUAUCCCAACACGAACUUCGGUACAUCCAAGGGAGUGUCGGCAAUCAAGUCGUCGGCGGCAGCGAGGGCGUUCCGGUACCAUGGAAGUCUAUCUUAACUUCUCGGCCUGCUUGGGCCAUCGGCAUCACCACCUUUGGGAGGAUAUGGGUCCACUACGUGUUCAUCAUCUCUGGUCCAAUGUAUAUGAAAACUGUCCUCGGCUUUAGCAUUCAGGCCAAUGGUCUACUCUCGGGUGCACCCUUUAUCUGCAGUUACCUCAGCUCUGUCGUUUUUUGCUACGUUGCGGACGUGCUCGUUACGAGGCAAAUUCUAUCUCUCACGAAUGUCCGCAAGAUAUUUACCGCGUUAUCACAAGUCGUUCCUGGCAUCCUUGUCCUUCUGGUCGGUUACUUAGGAUGCGAUAUCAUCCUAGCUUUGGUGGUGUGGUUCAUUGCCGUGACUCUAAUCACGGCAGCUUAUGCCGGUGCAAUGGCAAACAUCGUUGACAUUGCUCCUAACCUUGCAGGCCCAGUUCUCGCCUUUGCGCAGACAAUCCACAUGACUGCCAGUUUCUUGUCGCCCAUAGCAGCUGGUCUGUUGACGCAAGAGAGCCAAACUCUGGAGGCGUGGAGAAGGGUCUUUGCAGUCACGACUUGCGUGGCUUGCGGCACGUACGUCAUCUACCAAAUAUUCGGUACCGCUGAUAUCCAAGAGUGGAAUUAUCCCGACCAAAAGUAUCCGCAAUCCGUUCAUGAAGAUUCGGAACCUCUGAACGAAUCACCUCAGAAGAAUGGAAAAAUUAUCUCGAGGCGACCGAGCAUCCAGCGACAAAUGUAAUCUCAGGACAGUAUCUGUAUUACGUUUAUCGGUGUUCAUAUUCCGAUUGACAAAGAAGUGAUAUAUAUUUGUAUAUACGAAAGUCCUAGGAUGAAUCUACGGUCAAGGACGAUUUCGAGCAUUCGUCGUAUUAUUUUGAUACAACCAUCGAUCGUACGCGUCUCGUGCAAUCAUUUCCAUGACGUCAUAACGGACGAGUAUCGAUUGACAAUGGCAAUACAGCUGCGUCAUGACAAGUACCCGAUUGUACGCGUAGGGGUGUCCCAACCUGUAUCCAAUAUUACUAACAUUUUCUUUACAAACAAGAUAUUGGAUAUUUGACCGAGGGUACGAUAAUAUUAUAUCGUAUUGUCGUUGUCAAUUUAUUUUCGGUGUUUUAGGUUAGGCCUCGACGCGAGAUUAGAGGUCUGGGUACAAAAGUUAUCGAUAGAAAUUCUCUAUUGACCGUAGUUUCCACCAAGAACACAUAACAAAGAAUAUUUUUACGAGGUUAUCGUAUCUCAGGAAAACUGGCUUUUCGUGUCACAUAGGGUGUCACAGUAGGAUAGUUUUCCUUCAUUUGAAAGUAGAAUCACCUUCCGUCAUUGUGUUCGCCAUCGGGGUAAUAGAAUUGUACCCUUUCUCUGAUUACUUAUGUUGAUCGAUCGAUUGAAGUAUCAAUGGUAAAUGCACAAAGAAACGCAAAAAUUGAGCCUUGCGAAUAACGUAUGUAUAGAGUCUCGUCUGUUUCGGUUCUGUGAUCUGAUCUUUUUUUUAAUUUUUAUUAAAGCCGUCAGUACUAGUACGUAAGAAAGGAUCUCAUAGAACAUAGUUAUUACCAGAGAAUGCACCAAUAACGAUUGGUUGUUUGAGCUCAUGUUCUGUCAAAACCCAGAGUAGGUUUUUCGAACAAAUCUUUAUCAAUGCAAAGCGUAGCAUUGCAAAACAAUUGCAGUAGGAUCGGAUUAUGCCAUUAUGAUCAGUGCCUUGGGGUAUUGUACAUGACAAUGCAAAAGUUAGUUUUCUCUUCCUUUACAGUACUUACUCAACUCUUAAUUUCCCUAAGCCAAAACGUCUGCUAUUUGUAAAUAAAAGAAAUAUUACAGACUUUUAAAAUACUUCCGCAAUGAAUUUAGCCGGAAAAAUCUUGAAUGUUAUUUUCUUGAAUUAAUAUCUUUACAAUUAAUCGCAAGAGAUGAAAAUUGUAUGCAUAGUCUCGUUUUAUAUUGUCGGUUAAAGCAUCUUACUACAUCGUGUAUUAAAAUUUUAGUUAUUUUUCUACUGUUAUCAAGUAGUAGUAUCUCACUUCCAUUGAGAUGUAGUACUCCUUUCACAUGGACAUAGGAUAUAUAUGUGGAUGGAAAAAAUAAAUAAUAAAUGUCGGCUCUUCGAGGAGAACCGAUUAUACGAUUGUAUAAUUUUCUGCAAGCGGAUGUAUCACUUCAACGGCAGAAAUAACGUUUCUCAUAGGGGAUUUAAAAGAAGUGCAAGUUUAAAAGUACUAAGAAUUGUACUUAUAUAUGUUGCAACUGAUUAUCGAUGAAUACAACCAUGUAGUUUUAUUAAA